GUGAAUGAAUCAUAUGAUACAAAUAUUUUAGAGGAAUGUUGAGAGAUAUAGAUCAAUUUAAAACCAUUUAUUAGUUGUAUUGAAUAUUUAUUAUAUGUUUACAAGUUACUAUGUAAUGCCAACUAAAAAGCAAUAACGUGUUAUAAACAUAAUCAUAAUCAAAUUAGGAUGUAAUAAUAUAACACAAAAUCAUAGACUUCUUCAAAACAUAACCAAGAACUAAUGGAUAGAAACAUCAUUCAUGGACAAUUUAGUACAACUGAAUGGUCAAGAACAAAGAAUAUAAUUUAUAAAUCAAGAUGGGGGUUUCGGAUAGCAAGAGAAAGAUUGUGGAUUCAGGCCUUACAGAAAAACAGAAAACAAAUAUCCUUAAGUUGUUUGACGUCAGAGGUAGGGGGAGAGAGACACUGGUCACAAAUGAGACAUUGCAGAACCUCUGGAGAGGUGUAUUUUCUGAAGGCCUCCUGACAAUAAUACUCAAGUUUCUAUUUAAGACAUCAAAAGAAAUUAAUAUAGAUAAUAUGGAAUGGUUUUUCUACAAUUUGGUUGUAGGGACAGCCCGGGAGCGAGCAGAAUUACUUAUCACCUUGUUAGGGAUAGGAGACAGCAUACCACCCAGAACUUUCCAGAUGUAUAUAUCGCAUCUUAUAGAGUCAUACAUGUUGAUACUGCGACAGAAACAUCCUGAAACUUUCUCUGUUUGGGUGACUGCAGACUUGACAGAGAAAAGUGACUUGGCAAUAGUGUCCAAGUAUUUGAUAAACAACAUCAACUGUAUUGAUGGAAAGAUUGGAAGCAGCGAGUUGGAGAUGUGGCUUCUUCGAUGUACUUUCUAUGCUGGAAUUUUCGAGUCAGUGAUGAAUUAUGCUUUCAACAUGGAUAUUGAACAAUUGUUGCCAGUACUUCCAAGAUUAGAUGUGAUGUCUGGCCUCCUUAGGGUACCAACAGCUCUAGCAUUAUCACAUCUUACUCAUACAAGCGGCGAAGGUGACUGGAGGCUUUUGUAUUGCUCUUCAACAGAUGCCAGCUCAUGGAACAUAAUUCACAGGAAAAUCGAUCAACAAGGACCAACAGUGAUCCUGAUACAAGACGCUGCAGGGCCUCUUUUUGGGGGAUAUGCUUCUCAAUCCUGGAAGAUUAGUCCCAAUUUCUACGGCGAUGAUCAGUGUUUCCUUUUCAGACUUAGACCGGAGAUGAUCGUCUGUACUCCUACAGGAUAUAACAAAAAUUUCCAAUAUAUGAACGACGGGGCAGCAACACUCCCGAACGGCUUGGGUAUGGGUGGACAGCUGAAUUACUUUGGUUUCUUUUUGAGCUCGGAUUACGGCCUAGGAAGUGUAUCUAAAACGUGCACCACGUUCGGAGAUUACGUACGCCUUGCAUCACAAUACGAAUUUAGGUUCACCAGGCUCGAAAUCUGGGGAAUAGGAGAGCCUGAAGAGGACUCGCCAAACUCAAAAAGGACUUCAGACCUGGUUAUGGCAAGGCGACAGUCAGCAAAUGCUUUACUUGAAAUGAUAGGUAAAGCUGGGCACAGCAAAAAUCUUCCAGAUGAGACAUUCUAAUGAUUUUUUGAUGAACUAUUCUUCAUAUUAAUCUAUUUAUUUUUACAUUUAACACUACCUCAAAUAUGAGUAAUACAAAUAAUUUAUUGUUUUCAAUUAUUGCCAUUUAUAUUAUAUUGCCAUUGCUACCAUUAUACAAAUUUGUAGCUACUGUAAUCUUAAUAUAUUAAUUAAGAAAUAUAUAUCAAUAAUAAUAUCAUUUUUACGAUUUAUUACAAUAAAAUAGCUUGUUCUAAAAGAAAAGUAUGAAAAACAAGAGAAGCAUACGAUUUCUUAUGUCUUAAUGAUAACUGCCGAUCCGCCUUAUAUUUACAUCUACUGUCAUAAAACCUUAAUCAUAUUAUAGAUGAUUUUCUCUUAUU